AUCAGUGCUGGCUGACUCCCUGGAAGAUGAAGCUAAGAAUAACAUCACCAUCUUUACAAGAAUUCUAGACAGACUUCUGGAUGGUUAUGAUAAUCGCCUCAGACCUGGAUUAGGAGAUAGUAUUACUGAAGUCUUCACUAACAUCUAUGUGACCAGUUUUGGACCUGUUUCAGAUACCGAUAUGGAAUACACAAUAGAUGUUUUCUUCCGUCAGAAAUGGAAGGAUGAGAGAUUAAAGUUUAAGGGCCCAAUGAACAUUCUUCGAUUGAACAACCUAAUGGCCAGCAAAAUCUGGACCCCAGAUACAUUUUUUCACAAUGGGAAGAAGUCAGUGGCUCAUAACAUGACAAUGCCAAACAAGCUCCUACGAAUCCAAGAUGAUGGAACUCUAUUGUACACCAUGAGGCUUACAGUCCAAGCUGAAUGUCCAAUGCACUUGGAGGAUUUCCCUAUGGAUGCGCACUCUUGCCCACUGAAAUUUGGCAGCUAUGCAUACACAACGUCAGAAGUGACAUAUAUUUGGACUUAUAAUGCUUCAGAUUCGGUACAGGUGGCACCAGAUGGCUCAAGAUUGAAUCAGUAUGACCUUUUAGGUCAAACAAUUGGAAAAGAAACAGUUAAAUCAAGUACAGGUGAAUAUACAGUUAUGACGGCUCAUUUUCACCUGAAGAGAAAAAUUGGUUAUUUUGUCAUUCAGACUUACCUCCCUUGUAUCAUGACUGUCAUUCUCUCUCAAGUGUCAUUCUGGCUGAACAGAGAAUCUGUACCUGCCAGGACAGUCUUCGGAGUAACAACUGUGUUGACAAUGACAACACUAAGCAUCAGUGCUCGAAAUUCACUCCCCAAAGUAGCAUACGCAACAGCUAUGGAUUGGUUUAUUGCUGUUUGUUAUGCAUUUGUAUUCUCUGCAUUAAUUGAAUUUGCAACUGUAAAUUAUUUCACAAAACGAGGAUGGGCCUGGGAUGGAAAAAGUGUAGUGAAUGAUAAGAAAAAAGAAAAAGCGUCUGUCAUUAAGAAAAACAAUGCCUAUGCAGUAGCUGUUGCCAACUAUGCUCCAAAUAUUACCAAGGACUCAGUGCUACCAACCAUCUCCAAGAGUGCUACAACUGCAGAACCCAACAAGGCAAAACCAGAAGCGAAGCCACAAGAAGCAAAGAAGACAUUCAACAGUGUUAGCAAAAUUGACAGAAUGUCUAGAAUAGUGUUUCCAGUAUUAUUUGGUACUUUUAAUUUAGUGUAUUGGGCUACAUAUUUAAACAGGGAGCCUGUCUUACUUGGCUUUGCGCCAUCAACCUAAAAGCCGAAUUGCACUGAGGACUUAACGCAUCAUUCUAAUCAGAUAGGUUGUUUGCUAUGUACAGUCUGACUAAUAACUGCUAAUCUGUGAACCAUUAUGUACAGUGUGUAUAUAAAUGUCUUGUCUGUGUAUCUCCAAAGGAGGCACACAGUAUUAAUUCAUGGGUCUGUAAACAGAUAGCACCCAUGGCAAAUACAGCCAGCUCUUUAAAAGUUAAACCCAGGGGACUUCGGUUAAACUAGCAUUCAAAUAUACAGAGUUAUAUUCUCUCCAUACAAUGAAAUGAAGAUAUGAUCCUACAUAAUUAUUUAGGAACAGUAUUUUUUUAAUUUAAAGUUAAAAUAUUUUUCUAUAAAGUAACUAAUUCUACUUUAAUGAAAGAAAAUGUCAUUUAAAAAAGUGAUUUUUUUUAAAAAGGUGUAAUUAUUUGAUACGAUAGCAGUACCCAUGUACAUAACAGAGUACAGAGGUCGUACAGUUCUACUCUUCACAAAUAUUCUGGAUACUAGUUAGACUGAAGAGGUAGGAAAGACUACUAUAUGGCAAAAGCCAAAAGUUUCUUACUUCUGUCCUCUUUGAAGUUGUUAAUAAAUUAAUCUAAUUGAUUUCAGGGAGAAGUGCUAAUCAAAUUUCCAAUAUCAGCCAACUUCUGCUAGUGAGACUUAUUCUUUUCACUGCUUUAUUUAUUUGAUGUUGCUAAGCCGGGUUGUCUGGUUCAGCAAGGAAUUUUUUUUGCUUUUUGAUUUUGUUCUCAAUUGGAUAUUAUCAGAUUCAUAAACGCACUAAGAAAUUUUUUAGGGUUAAGUAUAUCAGUAAUAUAAUAUACUUUAUUUCCUUGCCUAAUAUUUUCCUAAAGCCUGCCAUUAAAAUAUUUACCUGUGUUUGUCCCAGGAAGCACUGUUUUCAAGGGAAACGAGAACCGUGAUUUAAGUUUAGAAAAUUGUCCAUAUAAUAAAAUUUACUGCUGCUUUUGUAAAUUGCAACUUUACAUUUCGCUGACAUAACUUUACAACAACUUUGUAUACUAGAAAUGAUUUUGCUAAGAUUUGGAUGUUAUUUUUUUAAUAAAAGGUCAUGCAUCAUCAGUAGGUAUCAACUGUAUUUCAUAUACACAGAUAUAACAAAAUUGGAGCUGCCACUGGCAAUUUUAUAAGAACAUUUAAUACUAUCAGUAAAAUUGUUUUUGGUCUGAGCCUUUGCAAAGAUUCUUUAUGCCCCUAAAGGCCUGGUAAAUCACAACAUAAGAAAUAAUUGUGUACUGCAUUUAGAUUUUAGUAUACUUGGCCAAUCAAAAAUAUUUUGAUUCACACAUACAUUAGCAGUUAUUAGUUGACCUUUAAAAAAAGAUACACCUUUAUGAUGAUGUCUUCUAGUAGAGACAUUUGUAGUCGUAUAGUGUCAUUUAUUGCAGUUUUGUACAGUACUUGAGUAUAGUGCAUAAAAUAGAUAUGUUCAGAGUUUAAAAAAAAGUUGUACAAAUAUUUCUAAAAUCAAAUAAAAGAGUAUCUUAAGACAUGGAAAUGUGCUAAAAACAACAAAGAGAAACACUGCUUUCUUUUGCUGUUUUAUUUUCUUGCUUUUUCUUUGCUUUUGAUGUGAUUCUGUUUUGUAUUUUGUGUGACAGUAUACACGCCAAGGUCACAAAUGCAUAUUAUGAAUAGAAUUAAUAGUAAGACAGAGAUGACAUCAGUAAAAUAAAGACAUUUUGUAGGUUAUAAAUGAAAGGGAAAAGCAUGGACAAGGUGUGUAUCCCUUGAAUUCCCUCUAAGUAAACUGUCAGUCUAAACCUUUCUCAUCAACAGUAGCUAAAAAAUGAGCACUUUACUCAGAACAUUAAAAUAAAAAUAUCCUUAUUUUCAUAUAUAUUUAUAUGUAAAUGUAGAUCUUCCAUGUAACAGGGAGAUGUGUGCAAUAGUGUGAUUAUAAGCAUAAGGCUGGAAGGCAAGCAAUAAAAAAAGGUUUUUUCAUGGUAUAACUAUACAUUUUUAAAAUGUUUCAUUUGUAAAUUAUAAAUUAUCCCUUCAACAUCACAUUGUCCAGGUAUGAAGAAGUAUAUAAAUAUGUACAUAUGUACAAAUAAUUGUAAAUAUUAGGACUAUAGAAAAAUCACUUUUAACUCUGUUUUUGGCAAAGGGCUCUGACUGUAUAGUUCAAGGGAGGCCCGUGCUAAACUGCUCUUGCUCGAUUAUGUUUUCUGUGACUGAGGUCUCCCUCCUGUGACCUACUGGGAGUUCAUACCUUCUGUUCACAUCAAGAUCUAGGAAUUCUCCAAACCUCACUGGACAGGGGUAUGAGAAACAGAGGUUUGUGUUUCACCCUUGGCUACGUCCCAGGUACUCAAAGCCUUCCCAACAUUGACAUGAUGUGUAUUUCUCCAUGCACAACACUGUAUAGUCAGAACUCUCCCCAUACCAAAUAUAAGUGUGCUCAGAGUCAUGUUGAAUUACCUGACAAGGAAGGAUUUUGCAUCCUUAUCCAAGAACGGGACCCUUCAAAGGUUUUUGACAGCAAGACUUCUUCUCUGGAAAAUAACAUUUGGAUAAUUCAGAGCUGCAUGCAAAAAGUUUAUCUUCAAUUUGCACAAGAAGCCGACGAUGUCUAAAGUUAAUCAGCUCUCCUACUACUGCUUUUAUUGGGUACAACUAUUUUUUCAUUGACUGACCCUUUUCUCUAUGCUUGUGUUAUGCUUAGAGUCAGUCAGUCAAAGAAACGGGUUUAUCAGAUGCUAAAGAUACAUUUAUUGCACAUUUAUAUAGAAAAGUAGGCACACUAUAUAAAUUCACUUAGUGAAAAAGAAUAAAUUUGAAAUAUUUACAUGCAGUUAUUGUGGGCAUCAGCAAGGCUUUUAAGUGGGUAUGCUCCAGAAAAGCUUCACUUUCACAUUUAGUUCAGUUGAUCCACACUAAAGCAAACUCCUUCUGUGGGAAGAAGGAGUCUGCUUUAUUGUUUCACUACAGAAAUAUUUACAGUGGGUAAACUGAGUACGCGUAAGUUGCAAAUCUGUAAGACUAUCAACUGGAUUAGUGAAUUUAAAUGUGAACUUAAGUGAAUGGAAGCACUGUGCAAGGAAUGCCACAGUUAGGCCUUCUUUUCAUUUAGCAGUAUAAAAUCUGCGUCUGGGAUUUUAAAGCUGGUGUCACAAAGUUAAAUGCAAAUACCCAGAAGUUUCAUUUCAUUCGAGUAGGGAGAGACAAUAAGUGAGAAAACGCAGGUCACUUCUCUCUCAAAGACUUGCACAUGGAAUCUACCAGUGAAUUUUUUGGUUGGCAUAUUAAUCUAAUUUAUUUUUCCCAUUACUUUUGGGUCAUGGUGUCAUAUUUUAUAUGACUUAAGAAAUUAAUACAAUAAAUACAAAGAUAUACUUACAUUGUUGUAAACUUAUAUUGGAAUUACACUAGUUCCGAAUGAGGUUUAUGAAAUCGGUUUUCAAUGUUGUACUAGGGCACAGACUUUUGAACGCAUGUGGUCAGUUAAUUUAACAGUAAUUCACAAAUCAGCAUGAAAACUGUGGAGAUCAGCAGUGUUUAUCAGCCAGAGUUGUCUGCUGGACACUUCAUGACAGAUUGCUUUUAAGAGAGUGGCUUCCAAACUUCUCAGCUGUACUGUAGCCAAUGAAAUUACUUUUACCUUCCAUAUCUGGGCUAAUUCAACUUGUAACUGCUGCAGUGUUUAGCAUCUUUUAAAAACAAUAUUAUGGUAGGUGUUCUGACAUACAAGCUUUAGUUUGGGAGACUACUCAUAUCACUGAACAUUGUUCUAAAUUAAGGAGCUAAUUUGCUUGUAUAGUCACAGGAGAGAGCAUUUAGACACCAAACAGGAGCCUUACUGAAUCACCUUCCCUUCCCUGUUGUUAUAGGUGAUGAGACUUUUCAAAGGUGAGGUGACCAUAAAAUGUCUGUAUGAAAUCAACCAGAAGCAGCUGGAAGGGGGUAGGGAUGUACGAGGGAGGAAAGGAGGAAGGAGAAAAAGCUUUGUUACCAUGUCAGUGGAUUGUGAGGUAACUGAGGAAGAAGCUGUUGAGGAAUUAAUGGUGUUUUUGUUUCAGCUUCAGUUCUGAGCCUUCACUGCCAUAUGUGACUUGAGGGAAAGUAACUCUUAGAGCAUAUGAAAUUGAAAUACUUUUUGUAUAACUCUGCUGAACUUGAGGGACAUGAGUUGUGCCUUUGAAAGUGAGAGGUUUCUACUGACUGCUUUAUGAAAACAGUCCAUGCAGUGUUGUGUACCUCCUGCCAUUUGUGAUAUCUAGGGUAGAGGGAGAAAAGAAGCUUCAGAAAUUAAACAAAACUUUGUUAAUUCUACAUUUUGUUUUCUUAAAAGGUGUGACUUUCACUUAAACUCAGACAGUCAGCGUCCAUCCUCCAUACCUCUCAUUCCUAUUCUGAACGUUUAGUGGUACACAAGUUUUGCCUUGGCCUUUCACAAAAUAGAUGGUCUAUGCUGUUGAACAUUUCCAUUCCUAACAAAUAUGCACAGAAGAUUAUUUCGGUGUGGAUAUGAAGCUAUCAUCAGUGUAUGCCCAAUUAUGAGUACACACACAAUGCUAAAAUUUAUAAAGUAAUGCCAUGAAUUUUAAAGUAGAGGAAGAAAACAUUUUAAAAUAAACCCACUAAGUCAAAUAUCUUCAUUUAAAAAACACAUAAGAUAAAUGUACAAAUGUCCAAACACAUCGAAAUAUAAUCUCUGAGUGUGGUAUAAUUUGAUGUCACAUAUAAAGUUUUUGUCUUCCAGACAUUGAAACACUAAAGUAAUUUUGUGAAUUUAUAUGAAAUUCAGCUCAUGCUUCAGCUUCGAGUAAAGACAAUGGUUCUUUAUAAAAGAGUGUUAGGAUUCCUUCCACCUCCUCCCAGUCACAGCAUACCUCCUUCUAGAAUGCUCAUAGUGUGCAAUAUAACUUUGUUAUAUUCCUUUAAUGUCUUGAUAUUUUUUUCUUUUUAGUCAAGGAGACCUUGUCCACCCCAUUUCUGCAGAUAACCCAAACUUCCUAACAACCAGAACUUUUAAUUAUACUCUGAAUUCAGUUGUUAAUUAGAGCCAUCUGAGAAUCCGUGAGGGACUUCAUCACUUUAGGCCUUUAGUAGUAGAAGUUAAAGGAUCAAAACUUUGUUUCAAUGAAUGGCAGAUCUUCAUCACAUAAAAUGUUUGUUUUCCUCUACUUUAAACCACUUAAUUUUUGAGAUUCACAUCUCUAGGUGAAUUGUUUAACUUGUGUUUUGGAAUCUGUGAUUACAUCUUACUGGAAGAAGCUAAACUUUGAGGGCUUGUCAUCUCUGACAGAGAUCAGGGCAAAAUUUGCGCUGAAUUUAAAAUAAAACUGAUUCAAAUCCUCAGGAUAUUCAUCUACGUCAAUGAGGUCAGUAAGAAUUUUUACAGAAGAGGAGUACACCUAACAGUACACCUGGAUGCUCCUUUGGACAGAGGUUGGCAGUUCUUUAAUCUGUGAAAAUAAACUCUUAAAAGAAGAGUCAACCAUACUGAAAUACAGGACUUGAUGUCUUUUCUAUUUCUGGUAUAUAUUAAUGCCCUUUAAGAAUGUUUACAAAGAGCUAUGAGUUAGGAUUAGGUGAUAACACUAACAAAAAAGAAUUUGGAGGAUGUUUUAAAAUAUGCAAAAUACUCUUCCUCUAGUGUUGAAGUCUACGUAAAUACAUAUGAUUAUAUUUUUUUUAAAAGUUCUAUUUUGCUUUUAAAUUUUAAUUCUUUUCAUAAUGUUGUGAAUACUUCACUCAGUCAGGGGUUCUGGAAUAUGUCUUUAUGCAUUCAAGGUUUUUAAUGAUUGCAAUGAGUGGUUUCAUUCAUCUGAUAUUAAAAGAGGCAAGCUCAAGCUUCAACAGGUUGAAGUGUUAUAUUUGUUUUCCAGUACUUUAUCCAUCUAACUAUGCUGUUGAGGAUGAAUGGAAAUGGAGAAUGAAACAAGAUAUUACUUUGAUAAACUGAUUUUGAUAUUCUUUAUUAGGUGUUCAUUUUGGCUGAAUUUAUCAGUUUAUAGGCUACUGUAGCUUAGCAUUAGCACGGAAUGCAAUGUAGUACUUUACAUCUAUUAGAAUACAUAUGCACCGUAUCUAUAAACUGUUAAAAAAUCAGUUCCUAAACAGCACCCCUCACCCUGUCCCCUCCAAAUAGUCACUUUAUUAGGAAACAUUUGAAGGCACUUUAAUUUUAAUGGACAUGAUUACACUAAAUCUUUUUAUACUUUAUUAAAAAAAUAGUAAAAAUACAGUGGAGUCUAAUUCAGACAUGGUUAGCAACUUCUCAGCUGGGCUGGAGUCAAAAAGCAUUUAUGCAUUGUAUGACAAAUCUACUUUAGUGAGUCACUUAGGCAUGAAAAUGUAUAGGACUUGGAAAAUAAAUGCUUCCAAUAUACUAGCAAGAAAUAAGGAAACAGGAAGAAUGAAACCAAUAAUUUUAAAGAAAACUAAACACCAAUCAAAUAUGCACAGUAAGAAACUGCAUGAUAAAUGUAAGUAUACUUAACUUUGAACAUCAACAUCAUACAAAAUCUUCUGGGUGACAGUUCACUUAUUUAGUAGGUUUCAUAGUUAUAAAUAAUUAAAGAGGAUAAUAAUAUUCUGUAAUUUGUGACCUUGUUUUAACUGGGAAAAUUGUUACUUUUCUAAAAUGUAAAAGAAAUAACUGGAUUUAUGUUUGAAUGUGUCACUGCUUGCUGUUGAAGAAUAUUUAUUAACCACAUGCAAAAUAUUGCUUAACAUUAUCUUUUUGUACUUCUUAUUAAAGUUAAUUUAAAUAUA